CGCGGUUGGGGACGGUCGCGGUGCCCCGCGGGGACCGCGGGCGGACGCGCCGGGGGGGGCUCGGAGCCGCCGGGCGGGGCUGGGGAUGCCCGGUACCGCUUCCCACUCCCCCCACCCGGGCCGUCCCGCCCGGCGGCCGAAGCCCCCAGUGUGUGUCACCCCACCCCACCCCACGGCGCCACUCGUGUCCCGGCCGGUCGGGGGAAGCCGCGGGGUGGUGCCGCCAGCCGCCGCCAGGGGGCAACACGACGCCAUCCUCCUCCUCGGCGGCGGCAGCGGCCCCUUUAAGGCAGGCGGCGGCCGGAAGUGCUGGCGGCCGAGGCCGCGGCGGCUACUGCGCAUGCUCCCUCCUGCCCGGCCCGUUUCCCCCCCCUUCCAGCCCCCGCGCUCGGCCGCUCGGCGACGCACCGCGGCACCCCGCCACCGCCGGGCUUCAUGUGAGAGAUGGCGAAUGCCGAAGUGAGCGUCCCUGUGGGUGAUGUGGUGGUUGUACCAAGUGACGGAAACGAAGGGGAGAACCCGGAGGAUACCAAAACCCAAGUGAUUUUGCAGCUCCAGCCGGUGCAGCAAGGGAUUUACCAAGAGGGCUCCGAGGCCAGUGCCGCCGUAGUGGCCGUCGAAACCCACACCAUCCACAAGCUAGAAGAAGGGAUCGACCCCAGCACCAUUGAAACGAACGAGGAGAUCGAGAUCGCCUAUCCCAUCACCUGCGGGGAGAGCAAAGCCAUUCUGCUCUGGAAGAAGUUCGUCUGUCCGGGAAUUAAUGUUAAGUGUGUGAAGUUCAAUGACCAACUGAUCAGCCCGAAGCAUUUUGUUCACCUGGCUGGGAAGUCUACCCUAAAGGACUGGAAGAGAGCCAUUCGCCUCGGAGGAAUCAUGCUGAGGAAGAUGAUGGACUCGGGGCAAAUCGACUUCUACCAGCACGACAAAGUUUGCACCAACACCUGUCGAAGCACCAAAUUUGAUCUCCUGAUCAGCAGCGCCAGAGCACCAGUGCCGGGGCAGCAGAGCGUGGUGCAAACUCCUACGUCAGCUGACGGGAGCAUCACCCAGAUUGCGCUGUCGGAGGAGAGCAUGGAGGAGGGGAUCGAGUGGAACUCGGCUCUGACGGCUGCCGUCACCAUGGCCACUGAGGAAGGCAUGAAAAAGGACAUGGAUGAGAUCUCGGAGGACACGCUGAUGUUCUGGAAAGGAAUUGCUGAUGUGGGGCUGAUGGAAGAGGUUGUGUGCAACAUCCAGAAGGAGAUAGAAGAAGUCCUAAGAGGCGUCCAGCAGAGGUUGGGUCAGUCUCCCUUCCAGAUGACAGAUGCUGCAGUCUUGAACAACGUCGCCCACACAUUUGGCCUAAUGGACACAGUCAAGAAAGUUCUGGACAACAGGAAAAACCAGACAGAGCAAGGAGAGGAACAAUUUCUUUACACACUGGCAGACCUGGAGCGGCAGCUGGAAGAGCAGAAGAAACUUGCCAAGGACCAGAAGGCAAAGUCCCAAACCAUCCAGAACGUGGUGCUGAUGCCUGUCAGCGCUCCCAAGCCCCCCAAGAGACCCCGCCUGCAGCGCCCAGCCUCCGCCACCGUCCUCAGCCCCUCCACCCCCAUCCAGCAGCCUCAGUUCACGGUCAUCUCACCCAUCGCUAUCGCACCCGUCGGACAACAGUUCUCUGUGGGCAACAUCCCGGUGGCAACCAUUAGCCAAGGCUCCAGCCCGGUGACUGUUCAUACCUUGCCGUCUGGGUCCCAGCUCUUCCGAUACGCCACCGUGGUGUCCUCCUCCAAGACCAGCUCCUCCGACACGGUCACCCUCCACCCGUCCUCCAGCCUGGCGCUGCUGAGCUCGGCAGCCAUGCAGGACAGCGGAGCCCUGGCGAACGUGGCGGCCGUGGUCAACCCCGUGGAACUGGUGGCCAUGGAGUCUGGCCUCACUUCCACCAUCCAGGCCGUGGAAGGCACCUCGGACGACGGGCAGACCAUCAUAGAGAUCGACCCGGCGCCGGAUCCCGAAGCGGACACGGACGAGUCGGAGGGCAAAGCUGUGAUCCUGGAGACGGAGCUGAGGACUGAGGAGAAAGUGGUGGGAGAUGUGGAGGAUCAUCAGCACCAGGUCCAUAACGUGGAGAUUGUGGUCUUGGAGGACUAGUGGGGAAGGCAAGCAUCAGUUUGGGGAAGAGUUGGGAAUUUGUUUUAUUUUGGGCUUUUUUGUUGAGCAUCUUUGCCAGCCACCCAUUUGUUUCCAUGGAUAUUUUCAUUGUACUGUAUAUUAUAUAUAUAUAAUUUUUUUUUUUUUUU